AUGGCAUCAAUUGAGGUCAAAUCACGUUCCAAGACGAUCAAACCUUAUUCAAGUAAUGAAUUGUCUACUGAUUCAUUAGUCCAGGAGUUAAUCGAUGAGCUUAGUAUCGAUAAUCACAUUUCAAAGCAUAGAUUAAGAAUUACUAGAUUGGUGAAUGGUAAGCAAAUUCCUUUAAUUCCUCAUGAAACUUUCACAAAGAAUGGUAUUGAGGAAAGUGCUGAGAGCAUUAAAUUGUAUGCUAAAGAUUUGGGUCCUCAAAUUUCAUGGAGAACUGUAUUUUUGGUUGAAUAUUUUGGUCCAUUCAUCUUUCAUCCUUUGUUUUACUUUUUCAGUGUCUUUUAUGGAGUCAAGCCAUUUUUUCAUACUUUGACUCAAAUAAUUGCAUUCAAUUUAGUGCUAUUACAUUUUUUGAAACGUGAAUAUGAAACUGUAUUUGUUCAUAAAUUUUCAAACGCAACUAUGCCAAUUUUUAACAUUUUCAAAAAUUCAACUCAUUAUUGGAUUUUAUCCGGAUUUAACUUGGCUUAUUUUGUUUAUGCUCCCACUAAUGAUUAUACUGGCAUUUGGAAAAAUUAUGUAUUUCAUGUGAAUGAACUUCCAACUUGGGCAAUUGGAUCAUUGGUCUUAACUUGGAUUUUUGCUGAAUUUUCAAAUUUCAAAACUCAUUCAAUCUUGAGUGAAUUGAGAGACAAAGAUCCAAAAAAGUAUGUUAUUCCAUAUGGUUAUGGAUUUGAUUUAGUUUCUUGCCCUAAUUAUUUUUUCGAAUCAUUAUCUUGGUUUGCUUACGCUUUGUUAGUUGGAAAUUGGUCAGCUUGGUUAUUUUUUGCUGUUAGCACUGGUCAAAUGUGGCUUUGGGCAGUUAAGAAACAUAAAAGAUAUUUAAAAACUUUUGGUGACGAUUAUAAGAAAUUAAAGAGAAAGAUAUUUGUUCCAUAUGUCAUUUAG